GAGCGGAAGGGCAACCCGGGAGCGUCGGGAAGCGGCCUUCGCCCUGGGGGGGGGCGGGGGUCGUCGACAUCGCUUUCCGCGUCCGGGUCGUCUUCGCUGAGCGGCGGGGGACUCGGCUCGGCCUGACGGGACCACCGCCUCCACGGACGCGGCGCUGUUUCCCAUAGAGCGCAAGCUGCUGACUCCACAAUAAUUUACUUGGAAGAGCUUCAAUAGAAUUCAGCGUUGUCUUUUUCUGAAAUAAUCACUAUAGGAAUAAUCACCAAUCUGUUCUGUAAUACCUUUGGUGAAUGGGAUCUCACACCACAGAUCUUCCAUUAUGAGGGAAAGCUGAGCUCUCCUUCAGAUUAUCCGGGAUGAAAUACUGUUCGGUUUAUAUAUAAUUCUUGGGACUUCAAUUUUUUCCUGACUUAUCUAUACUUCUUGUAUGGACAGAGAUGGAAGCUGAAUCAACAAUACCAAUUUGGCAGAACAAACCCUAUGGGUCAUCUCGCAGUUUUGUGAGAAGAAUUGGAACAAGCCUUCCUUUAAAACCAUGUCACAGAGCUUCCUUCCAGCCACUCCCAGACAUUUCUGAUUUCUAUUUCAAUGACAUCCCCCCUGUUCCCACUCUGGCAGAUGUUGCCUGGAUUGCCUCCGAUGAUGAAGAAACAUAUGCCAGAGUCAGGACAGACACACGUCCACUGAAGCACAGAUGGAAACCUACUCCAUUCUUUGUUAUUCAGCGGAAUGCUUCGGUCCCAAAUUUGAGAAAGCAAGAAGAAAAAUUGUUGGCUCUGAAGAAGCCAUGUUUACCUGCCUUGAGUCGGACCACAGAACUCCAGGAAGAAUUGAGUCACCUGCGGAGUCAGAUCGCUAAAAUUGUUGCUGGAGAUUCAGCUUCCUCUUCAUUAACGCCAGAAUUAUUAUCUCCAGGAAGUUCAAACGUGUCUUCUCCCUUGCCCUGCUUUGGACCCGCAUUCCAGUCUACAACUUCCUUUGUCAUUAGUGACAUCACAGAAGAGGAGGCUGACUUAGACAGUCCCGAACUUCCAUCCGUUUCCAUGCUUUGCUCUGCAGCUUCUGAAUGUUGCAAAACCGACCCAAAGGAUUCGGACGACGACGACACGAUGUCUCUCUCAAAGGCCAGUAGCUUUGCAGAUAUGAUGGGCAUUCUGAAAGACAUUCAUAGAAUGAAACAGAACAAAGACUCGAACAGAAGUAUACUGAAAGAAGAGGAUCCUGCGAUUCUUAUAGCCGAAGUUUUAAGGAGGAAAUUUGCUUUGAAAGAUGAAGAUGUAAAUAUGAAAAAGAACUGACAAGUUAUAUUCAUUUCUUAUGUCUCAAUUAUUCCCUCUGUUGCUCCUCUUUGGAAUUGAAAGAAACAACCAACCAAGAACUGUUACCUAAAGAAAAGACUUGAGAGAGAAAAAAAAAACUUCAAAAGUUGCUGCUUUCCUCAAUUACCUUUCCCCUAGUUUUUGAAGUGAUGAAGAAGUAGUAGUGAAACAGGAGUUGUCACAUAUCUUCCACACCUUUUAGUAGUAUUAAUGCAAUGGAGAGACAAAAGUUUUUUGGGUGACAUUGUGAGUUUUGUAUGUCUUUGCAGUGAAGAGUGCAAUGGAAGUAGCAAAUAAUAAAUCCUCUUAUACAGA